UCUAUAAUUAUUUUUAGCAAUGGGAAAGCUUUGGAGCCCCUUCGUUUGGAAGAGGAAUUGGACAUUCAUCAUCUUGAAAGUCUUAUGUUCAAGUUUAUGACACAUAUCCCAGAUAAAGCAGCACUUAAGGCAUGGCUGUCACGCAGGGGAUCAGUUUUCAGGGACCAGUCCAGGUUUCAUUCUGCAGGUCUCAUGACACUUGAGGAAUUUCAUGAAAUGCUGGCUGAUUUAUUAGCCAUAGAAACUUGGGAUGAUCAUAAGGUGGCAGUGUUUGAUAAGGAAAUAGAAACAUUAUUCAAAAAGGUAAUUUAUUGUGUACUCAAUCAAAGACACUUUAUUUGUUGGUGGUCUUUCAUUGAACCAGAAAUUGCUUUUGAAAGCCAUCAUUUUGUAUUGCAAUUCCCCUGUCAAUAAUAGAUUUUUUUCUAUUUGUCCUUUCUGGCUGUAUGUCUUUUUUCGGCAGUCCUUGUAACAUUGAAUAAUCUCACUGAACCUUGUACACCACUCAUAUAUGUAGAGGUUCUGGCACCUUAACUGUUGUCAGCUCAAUAGAUGUAAACAAUCUUUGUCUUUUGUACAUGUACUUAGAGUAAACCCUAUUGACUGAUUUCUUAUGUUACUUAUUAAGUUGUUAUUAUUCUUGUAUUUUGCAGGUAGAUAUUGCAUCUGAUGGUUUGGUAGACUGGGAUGAAUUCUGUACUUAUCUCAUGUUGCAGUUUGAAGAGAAUGACCAGGCCAGUAAAGUUUCUGGCAAUACUUUUGUUCCUAAGCCGAACAUUGUAAGGAUAGAUCAUAACAAGGUAUAGUCUGAAAUGAACAUUGCUUGUCUUUCAACUGUAUUUCACUUCAUGUAUCAUAUAAGAAUUAAAUGUUUGGUUUAGUAAACGGUUUAUAGUAACAGUACACAGUAACGUCAGUCAGUAAAGCUAAAAGUAAGCCUGAUAUUUUGUAAAGUUCUUGACAAGAAUUACAUUCUUAUUGCCAACGAGCAAGCCGAGCAAAGGCGGUCAGCUUGCGAGGUGGCCAGCUUAAUGCCACGCGAAGCAUUGCAGCAGACAGAAAAAUUCUCGAUCGUGCUGUGAAAAGUGUAAUGUAAGGUGUAGUUGCACGUGGCUUUUGAUGACCUUUGUUGUAAACAAACCUUCAAAGUUCUGACAUAGUUCUCUGCCACGAUACUGUACUUGUACCAACUACAACUCGCUAUUUCAAGUUCACGCUAACCUAUAAAUGUUAUUUCCCUUUCGCGGUUUGAAACUCAACAAGUUUAAUGUUCAAAAAUGUCUAAGCAGAAGAAUAAAAUUAGCAAUUUUAAGGGAAAGAGCAUGGCAGAAAUAUAUGAACGAGGAGUGCUUGUAGUGGAAGUUCUCACCUCAGCAGCUGAAAUGGUUUUAUAAACAUUGGAACUAAAACUGGUGAUGUAGGCAAACUCUUUUUCUUUCGUUGGCUCUUAACAAAAGCCACAACUUAACAAUAAUGAAUGAGGCUGAGUAUCUUAUGAAGAAUUAUGGAGAUUGAGGAGGGUGUUAUCCGUCAAGGCCGUAGGCCGAGGCGGAUAAGACCCUCCGAGAUCUCCAUAAUUCUUCAUAUGAUACAAAAGCCGAAUUCAAUAACUGUUUUAUUAUUCAUUCAAAAUAAUUCCUAGUUUAAAAACAUGGCUAAAACAUGCUUACCUCCAUCGAUCCAUCAAUGUUAAGUUCAUCUUCGAUAGUGCAGCUAGUUAGGUAGGUAGGUUUGUGCAGCUCCGCAAAUAUUCUCCAAAUAGCAAAUGUUGCCCUUUGAGUUGUCUUCUUGCUGUUCUUGCCAUGUUUUCAGCUAUUUUUUCGCCUAGAUCUUACUCUUGAAACGAGUGAAAUGUCCGCCAUUUUUCAAGUUCACAAUUAAAACAACUCAACCUCGUCCCCAGGUCUUCUCGGUUAACGGUGCCUUAACCUUUGAAAACGCUGCAUUUUUUAUGUCAUUUCCUCGUUAAACACAAAAUUCCUCCAAAUUUGGUCAUCAGUAACUGGUUAUGGUGAAUUAAACGUGUGCUUUUAGCCAAUCAGAAUCGGGAAAAUAUUUUGAAUGAAUAAUAAUAGUUAUUAACGCUUUCCAUUGGUCAAAACUGGCGGCGGCUGGACAAUUGCCAGACCAGUCAGUUAGGGAAUGAAAUCGGUUUUUUCCAAAGGGUUUUUGCUGAAAAACCAUCUCCUUCAUGCAUACUAUGUAGGAUUUGACUGAUCUGGCUGGAGACUUUUGAUUAAUAAUGUUAAUAGGGGUGAGUGGAGUCGAAUUCGGUCUGUAAUCAUACGAGUGAUAAACAAAAUCGGAUGACCAUAAUUAUGAUUACAGACCGUUGCACAACACAAAGUCCUGUUACCAACUAAUCAUAACCAUUUCAAUUUCUAAGAAAAUAAAUGCAUUUUUUUUUGGUAAAAGAGCAUUUGAAUACCAAAAGUCCAAAAUUAGGGAAAUAUCACUGGCGGAGAAACUGUCUGAAUUUUGCAAAUUCAUCCAUUUUGGAAAAUCCCCAGUUUUGUAGGGUAAGUGGUUGGUGCUAUGGUUAUUGUGAUAACUCCUGUGAUUGGUGGAUUUAGCUGAGUGCACUUAAUAUAAUUGGCUAACCUGUCUGUCUGCAUGCAGGUGUCCGAUUACAGCCAACUGUCCGAUUACACUGUCCAAAUCAACCCUACACAAUGAUUAGUGAAAAAUAAAGCAGUUAAAUAUGCACCAAUCAAAUUUGGGGAAAUUGUAAUGGUUAUGAUUAAAAGUGAAAUUCUCAUUUUGAUGGGAAUGGUCUGGGUGGUCAGUUCUGACAAAUCGAAAGCGCCCUAAGUUAAUGACUAAAUAUUCUUUUGUUGAUAAUAGUAAUAGUAAUAAUGAUAAUAAUAAUAAUGUUUUCUAUAGUGCUGUUUCUACAAUACAUCCAACACAACGGUCAUAUGAUAAAAUUGCUUAUUGACUAGCUGAGUACGGUCGAGCCAGAAGGGAAAAUAUUUGGCUGUUACUGCGCUCAGUCCGUACAUUUGCAUGUAUGCUCGGUCCAUAUGUCCUGACAAUAUUUUCCCAUCCAGCCCUCCCAGUCAGUCAAUAGGUACAUAUACUGCACUGCGCAUAAUCAUAAGUUUCAUACUAUCCAGAGUACAAUUUUUUAUGAAACCAGUGUAAAUGCAUUAGUUUUGUCUUUUUCAGGAAACAACAACUAAACUUCUGACUGACUUUAACCCGAUGAGAUAUGUUACAGUCAGUAAGGUAAAAGGUCCCUUCAGCUCAACAAUCUACUCAGUUGCUAAGUUCAUGCAAUCAUAUGAUUCUCUCCACUGCUGACUUUUACACUUCCUGGAAGCAUGUCAGCAAGCAUUUCUCUUUUUGUUUUCUCGUGUCACAUUGUAUCUGAGCAACACAUUUUCAGCAAUAACAACAACGACAGUGAUUAUGUCUUUAUCCCUUUACGUCUUUUAUCCAUUGUGAUUUAUAUUACUUGUAUUCUAAUCUAAAGUAUUGGAAUUUUGUGGUCAUUUAGUUUGGUUCACAGCUUAAUUUUGGGCCACUCUUUAUUUGUACUUUAUCUUAAGUUUUAUUAUUGUGUAGGAGGGAAUCAUUGGUGUCUGGAGCACUGAACUGGAACUUCAGAGGAAAAUUGAAAUGGAACACAGCAACUCUGAUGCUGAACGAACUACCAAUAAACGCCAUAUAAAAAUGUGGGUGACUGAUGCUGUUGCCAUGCCAAAUGUACAUAAAAUGGCUUUGUCUACAACAAACAGAGACAUUUAUUUCUAUGAUAUGUCUACACCAAUUUACACAUCACAAUUCCAUCUUUGCGGUGAGUGUAACAAGUGAAGAUUUACUCAGCAGAAGCCAGUGUUGUUUGUUACUCUUUUAAUUUUCCACCUUGAAAUUUAGUGUCUUUCUUUUAUUGAUCACAGGUCCAGUGACUUAAGUUUGAUACUUAAUUUUAAUUUUCAUUACAGCUCUGGGCAAUGUGGUCCUCUGUCUUGACUAUUAUUAUAACAAAAAGGUGAGAUCUGCCUGCCCUUUUUGUAACUGGAGAAUUCCUUUUCGUAUAAUGCAGUAAACUGCAGACAAGUUUAUUUAACCAAAAGACAUUCAAGUUUUAUCGUGUAUCCAGUGUUUGAUAAAGAAAGGAUGAUGUUACUAAGUUGCCCUCUUUAUCUUUAGCUACCUGCUGGUAAAUCGUGGCUUUUUCUUGGAAUGGACAAUGGUGUUGUCAUGUUUUUUGUAUUUUCAACUCCUCUCAAAGGACUGUUUGAGACUCCAUUCAAGAAAACAUCAGGAAGCCAUCAGGUUUAUCUACAGGUCAGUGUGCACUGAGUAAACUGGUUUCCCCUCCUGAAGGCAGUUCGUCCAUCGCUAGUCUUAGUAUUCUUUUAUGGACAUUUAACUUCUGAAAGUGCCUUUAUUCCUAAUAAACUUGUUUUUGUUGCCUUUAUUUUUUCAGGACUUGUCUUCACAUUCUCGGUUUGUGACAUACCAGAGUUUAGGCCAGGUUCAUUCUGAUUGGGUCAGAAGGGUGAAGUACAUUCCAGUCAAGGAGUUUAUUAUUUCUUGUAGCGGUAGCGGAAAAGACUCUCUUGUGGUUAGGGAUAUAGACGAUAAGAAGAGGAAAACUUACACUUUCAAAGUAGCCAAGGUACAGAACAGGCUACAACUAUUCCUGAGUUGAGAAAACCAAAUUUUUGUGUUUCGUUUCACCAUUAGAGGAGUUGGUGCGACAGUUUCUUAAUAGGCGGUCCAUCCAGGCUUCCAUCCGUAUUUUUAAGAUAAGCAAGAAAUGUCUUUGAGGUGAUUAAAAAUGCCGAACAUCAGAUGGUUUUUAGUCUCUAGGCUUUACCAGCCCUAGUGACCGCGUUUUUACCCUGGCUUGUUAGUAAGUGUCGUAAAAUAUAAACCAAUCACAACAGACAUAGUAAAUUAAUCAGCUGCAGUAGAUUUAUGAAAAAGUAAAAAAUAACAUUCGCAUUUACAAAUCACUCAAAAGAAGAAUUUUACUUUCGUUUUACAGGGUGUAGAGUGUUUUGAUUACAGUCACGAACUAAAUGUUAUAUGCACAGGAGGAGUGGACCAUGCAGUUCGUCUAUGGAAUCCUUAUGUCACUGCUAAACCUGUGGCCAUCAUGAAAGGGCAUCAGUCUUUUAUUAUUGACCUGGCAAUUCAUGAAGCUCUGGAACAAGUCUUUAGUUACGAUAAGGAUGGGGUAAGCAGAGCCCGAUAAUUGGGGCAUGAAAUAUUUCCUCGAUCCAAGUAAUUAAACGUUCACAAAAACGUUACAAAGCAUGCUACAAUAAGCAUAAACAUGUUAUCUGUUGUUAGGUUAAACAAAUACUCAAUUAUUCAUUGGUGACAAACGAAAGUCUGUUUUAAUGGAUAUUACGGAUGUUAAAUGUACCUACAACGUAAACAUAAUAUAUACAAGUGUACUUGCCGCAAGUGUUGCAAAUGCUCAUCAGUGCAUAUGUAUAAAAACUGGAAAAUUUGCCAACAUUUUUCGAGCUAACAGCAACACUUUUCUUUUAGUCAAUGCUUAACUUCUUCACUGCGUGAAGUUGGGCUUUGCAGAUUCCGCACAGUAUCAAUAUCCCUGCCCCACAUUGUUUAAGGGGGCGUGUGUGGCCGAGUGGUUAAAACCCUGAACUCCGGAUCUGAAGGUCCGGGGCUCAAACCUCGCCCGUCGCGUUGUUUCCUUAGACAAGGAACUCUACUUCACUUUGCCUCUCUUCACCCAGGUGUAUAAAUGGGCUGGGGUAAUUAUGCGAUGGACUAGCAUCCCGUCCAGGGGGGAGUAGCAAUACUCCUAGGUGCUUCAUGCUACGGAAACCGGUAUAAGCUCUGGCCGUUUGGGCCUUUGGUUCGUGUGCGCCAUUACCUUACCUUACAUUGUUUCCUGCUGGGGUGGGGUCCCCAGGUUUAACCAGUAGUUGCUUUUAGGUAUCUCCCGUCCGGCAUGUGGUGGAGGAUGAGUACAUAGAUCCUAAAAAAGAGGUUACCACCGGGGACGCCGGUCAGCAUAGGAUUAAAUAAGAGCUAGAAAUAAGUUGCUGCUGAGAUGAGGUAACAUUUUUUUUUUGCUCUGACCACUCUAGGUUUUGAAGGCGUGGGAUAUCAAGGAACACGUAUGUCUUCAGACAAUCGGAAUAAGGUUUCCAUUUGGACACAGAAUUCCAGAACAUGGGCCAUUUCCAUUUCUUCUUUUGACGUCGCCCAUCAUCAACUCGCUGUUUAUUAGCAGUAAUGACUGCUUAGCAGAGAUCAAGAUCUCAGCUAUGAAUGCUGCUAAUAAAACCCGCACCAAAACAACUCACUGGAAACCUUUGUGUGCGGCGCUUUUUAACCCAAGCAUGGAACAGGUAAUGACUACCUCUUGGGAUCACUAGGAGGGGUUUAAUGUGACCUAUCUCUGAGACCGCGUCUUGCUUGCAGGCUCAGCUGCUUGUAAGUAAUCUGAAUUCUUUGGACAAGCUGUUAUAGAGAGCGUCUAAUCAUGAUAACCCUGCUGGUGCUACUGAGGUUUCUUAUUUAUAUGAUAAGGAACGGAAGGCUAUUCCACGUAUAAUUUGAGACUGAAUGUUCUUCUCUUAGCUACUUUUAUGUUAUACUUUUAUAUAUUGAAAUGUAGUGUAAUUAAUCCGUUUUGUACUCAUUUCAGGUGAUCACUGGAUGCGAGGGCUCAGUCGUCACCUUCUGGGACUUGAAAACGGGGCGUCAGGCACAGCAUGUCACAGAGGCUCAUGGGACAGAGGAAAUCUCUUGCAUGUCAAUGGACCCUACAGGCCGCCGCCUCAUGACCGGAGACAGGACCGGCAAUAUUCACGUGAGUCACUAACGCUUACAAUUGGCUUCACUGUUAGGACAUUCACUUAAGAUCAAUGUACUAAACUUUAUUAGAUUGCUGGUUUCACUGUUAGGACAUUCACAUACAUGUAAGAUCAACGUACUAAACUUUAUUAGAUUGCUGGCUUCACUGUUAGGACAUCCACAUGAGAUCAAAGUAUUAAACUUUAUUAUAUUUCUGAAUCCGCGAGUUGUGUUUUGUUCCGCCAGCCGAGCGGGCAAGAUGGGUGCAUCGCUAGCGUGGGUGUCGCCAGAAAAAGUUCUCUGUUUGGCGAUAUAACUAAAGCUUUAUUGAUCAAGCUUGUUCGGUGAUGAUGACUUUAUUUCGGUCCAUGAAAACACAAAGAAAGAUUUGGCCAGUAUCCAGGCAUCUUGACCCGCUCACGCUUGGUUCAUACCGCCGCGGCAUAUGUAUGCAGCUCCGGAACAGUGAGUAGUCACACUAAAACUGAGUCUUCCUGUAAACUAAUGUGUUACAAUAAGAACCUGAUGCUCUCUUAUUUCCUUUUCACGUUUCGUGUGUUGUUUUAUGUUGUGCGCAGGUUUGGAAUGCAAACAAUGGUCACUUGCUCAAUAAACUUGAACCUGUUGACGAAAACGAGGUAACAGGAAUUAUUUCGCUCCCUGACAAGAGUAAGAUUAUAACAGUGGGAUGGAACCGUAAGAUUCUUGUCUACUACGACGACAACCAGGUUAGCACAUCGUUUUUUCAAGUCAGACUCAAAACCGGUAGAUUACGAAUCCAACCGGUGCUUACCACUCGGCGGCCACGCUGCCUCCAAACUGCAUACUGAACCCGUGUAAUUGUACUCAUUAUUUGUCUUCUCACUUGCUAAGAUCCUACAGCGAGUUUUGAAAAUCAGCGCAACCUACAGAUUAGUCAGUUAUCCGCUAGAAGUUAACUGACUAAUCUGUAGGUUGAGCUCGCAAUGUAUGAUUUCCUGGCAUUGUCAAACUGCGCUUCGUGCGACGGUGUGUUUGUCGUUAUUUUCUUGAAACAAUUAUUGGAUUCGGUUUUUGUGAUAUCCUGAAAAUCAGCCUCGGCCUUCGGCUCGGCUGAUAAUACUUACUUGAUUAUUGCGGAAAUCACAAAAACCUCAUCCGAUAACUGCUUGUUAUUUGUUUUGAGGAUGCGAGUUUUGUGAGUUCAGUGUUCAGGUUUAGUAAAGAAGGUCCAGUAUUAUAACCGCCUUUCUUUGCGUUUUUAGACUUUCUGCCUCAGGCCCAAUGUUGACUGGAAGGGCGGACAGUUACAUCAGGUCAGAGUGUGUAUUUUGAUGGGAAAAUCCUUCCCAGGUUAUAUGAGCUUUCAAUCUUGGUCACAACGGUGAGAACCCAAGCAAUAAGCUUACCCUGUAGGUUGAAUACUAGAUUAACCUGAGAACGCGGGAUUUUACCCACAACAUAAUUAUUUGUAAGAUGGAAACUCAGUUGCAGCUGAAAAACAUUUUAUCAACUUCUCGUCAAUGAAUUGGUGUUCACUUAACUUGUCGGAAAAUGUACUUCAAAUCUACCCGUGCCAGUGUCAUGUUCUACAAGUAAGUAUUUUAAAGUAAAAAACAAGGUUCAGCCUUUCACUAUAGAACGCGCUUAUUUGUGUGGCUUGUUUGCAUUUUUUUUUUGCUGUUGUGUCAACAGGAUGACAUUUUAACGGCUGCUUUCUGUCCACCAAACUACCUUGCCACGGCCAGUUUUGACGGCGACAUCAUUCUUUGGAGUUUGGACCGGGAAAAAAUGAUUCGCAGGCUGAAGAAAGGCUCGGGCAGCUUGUUGUAAGUGGAAAUGAGCUGCUUUUAUUUUGACGUUUAUUUUCUUUUUUCUUUGUUAAGGUGGCUCCGUUAUUAAUAAAGGCGCAUUGAGCUACAUGUAUGAUGAACUUUUCGUCAUAACUUUUGUUUGUUUUAACCCGAUGCCUACGAAACCUUGGAAAGAACUACAGAUGUCGUUCACCAUUAAUAUGAAAUAGUCCGAUUUUACUGGUGUGGUAAACAUUUCUUUUUUUUACGAAAUUAUAGAAAUUCAUGCGUCGUAAAAAAAUUUUCUUAUAUUUUUUAAUGAAAUUUUGGUAUCGGUUUUUAUUGAUAUGAUCAAUACGCCAUAUAAAUAAUUCGGAGAAAUCGUUGGAACAGAUCUCUGCAACUGGAAAGUCCUUCGAAAUCAGCUGUGAAAUUGUUUUGGAAUUUCGAAAACGAAUUGCACUGGGUAAGGACGAGCCACCAAUUCGAAUUUUCGCGACAAGUAAUUCUAAUGUUUGCUGAUUCUUAAAACGAAGCCGAUUGCCAAUCGUGCUAUUCUUUGAGAAGUACUCUUUAGUUUUAGAAGCUCAUUAAAUCCAGUGCUCCAAACCUUGCUUUGAAGUCAAAUGACUAGUUCCUCGACAUUUUUGAAAUAUCGUUCAGCAGUUUCGGCUUAAACUCCUGCUACACACAUUUUUAUGUAUUGCAAUGCAUCCUCGUCGGCUUUUACUGUUGUGCGUUGCUUCUAAUUCAAAAAACAAGUAUUGGGGUUAUAAACUAGCUUGUAUCAGAGCUCAAGUAGAACUGUCGAACACCUUUGUUUAUGACUACGAAGUGAGCUCGGGCAGCGGUUUUGCGAAGAAUUUGCACCUCGGCCGUGGGAACGAACUGUAAUGAUACCCUUAUUUGCGAAACCAGUUUGCCCUGGAACUUUUAAAAGCUUAGUGCGGACUUCUACGUUGGCACGGUAAAGAAAAUGCCCAACUAUUUUUCAGUUUUUAUCUGUUGAUGGAUACUUGUUUUGCUGUUCGUUAGGUUGUAAGCGAAUUUCCUCUUUUUUUUUUUCGACAGAAAAGCUAAGGUAAAGAAGCUCGGACUUCUACAAAACAGGAAAAACCUGUAAGAUAUCAUUUUUUCUUACUGGUAACUGGUGAUUUUCCUUCACAUAUUUUCAUUUUUUUUCCUUUCUCAACAAGCUGGUAAGCUUACUUCAACAUAUGUAAUUUCUACAGAGGUAGUAACUAUGGCUCACCGGUAGACAAGUUGUUAUUUCUUACAUCAAGGGCUCAGUGGAAGUCUCAAGAGAGUGCUAUUCUUGUGUCAUCGGAGGCUGGAAUGCUCGAGUUCUGGUGUUUGUACGGUCCGAACAGACCCAUGGGUAAGUAGGUCUUGUACACGUGACCUGUUGUGGUCAGCGUUUAUCCUUCUGGCCCCGGUUGUUCAAACGUUAGAUAGAAUUAUUCACAGGAUAUACAGUUAUUUCAAAAAACGUUGUCGGAAGAAAACCAAAAAGUCUAAAGCCGAGACCCCAAGGUAAUGAGGGUAGUUUCAAAUCCGUGUUUUGGGAGAAAAAAAUAGCCACUGAUUUUUUAUUCAUCAUUUAUACAAACCAUAGUUAUCUUUAAAAAAGAGAGAGAAGUGAAUAAGUUUCAGCAGAAGGACACCUUCGCUUGUCCCAGUCUUUGCAGAGCAAUCUUCUUCAGCUUAUUAGCAUGCCGUAAUCGCGUAACAAUGGUCAAAGAUAUUUUAAAAGCGUGCAAAGUUGUUAUUUUGCUAUUCUAAACAUUUUGAUUUUUGCCGCUGUCGUUCCCUUCGCCGUCGUAUCUUGUGGCUUCAAAGUUUCAGUCCAGAGUUUAGGAAUCUCUCAUAUAACGUUUCACACUGUUCUCUGGGACAUACGCAAAGUGGCCCCGUUUUUUGAAACAGCUGUAUAACUAUCAAUCGGAUGAAUAUAAGAGAAAUUAAUUGUGUUAUUCACUGUAGAGAGAUUGUGAACAACUGGGGCCAGAUAUGUUAGCUCAAAUGAAAAGAAAACUGUGCACUUUAAAUGUCAAUAGUUCCUGGGUUCGUAAUUUACGGUACUGCGGGAAAGAAAUUAGUAAACUAAAAAGUCGUUGCACGCUGUUUUUAGUGGGCCUAAAUACACUGUAUUGUGAUGCUUUUUGCAGGUAGAUUCACGGCCGCCACUGAUGAAGAUAGCAACGUUCUUGCUUUAGCAACAGAUCCUUCUAACGAGAUAUUGAUUACUGGAGACUCAAGUGGGCACAUAACUGUGUGGGACAUCAGUUCAUAUUGCAUCUCAAGAGCGGAAUCUAUCAUUGCUCAAGUAAGUUGAAUCUUUUUUUGACUGGUAUGUCGACAUCAGUGUUUCAGCCAUCCCAUAUUAAAGGUUGGAAAUUGUUUGGUUAUGCAUGGUAAGAGAGGAAAGACUUAAUCGUUUCUGGAGAGCUGUGAAGAGAGUGCUUCCUAACGACAAGAAAUUAAAACAAUCUAUGUCUUCCAUGCAAAGUCGAUGGCAAUCUCAAGACCGACAAAAAUUCCAUAGCUGAAGGUAUAUUAAUCAUUUCUUCGCCUCAAUCAAUAAAUAAUUAUUUUCAAGACCAUCAGUGGUCUUGGUUAUUUAAUUCGGCUUUCGUAUCAUAUGAAUAAUUAUGGAGAUCGAGUAGGGUGUUAUCCGCCUCGGCUUACGGCCUCGACGGAUAACACUCUCCUCGAUCCCCAUAAUUAUUAAUAAGAUACUCAGCCUCGUUCAUUGAUUGUUAAAUAUUAACUGAGCCUGAGGUGAAUAAUUGUUUUAGUAUAUACACAAGAAGUGAUGUCAACAGAAUCAGAAAGGAAACCAUGAGGAAAACGAUUAGUAUGAUUCACGGGUGAAUUCAUGCGUGAACAUGUAGUCGUAAACAGCAGAUGCACAACAGUUGAAUCUUUACAGUGUUUUCAAACAUGGCAAAUUAUAGUUUUAAUUUUUUUGUAAGCUUUAGCAUCAAUGAUUGAAAAGAAAACGUUGAAAGUUUAAAUAACUCCCCUUUCUGAGAAGAAACACAGAGCUUUAUUUGCUUCUGUCAACUCACCGUGAAUGAGACAGUUUUUUGUCGCUUCUUUGCAAAUGCUGUCAACAGCGGCUACGAUCGAGGUGCGCGUUGUUUAUCUACAGUGCCGUGUUCCUUGCCAUGUUAACUUUGCUUUCCCUUUUUUCUCGAUAAAUUAACUUCUAUUUCCAGGCAAAAUUGGUUUUGCGAGGAAAUCCAGAGUUCACAAAACAGUCACAAAGCGGCCUCCUUUUCCUUUGUAGUGGUCAAUAAAAACAUUGCUUCGAGCGUAUGAAAGUCAACUACAGUAAAUCACUUCGCAAUAAAAUCACGCUGUUUAAACACCAUGACGUCUUUUCUUACCUUCAAAAUCAUCAACUCUGGGAUAUUCUUGUAUUUUAAAAAAGUUCUUACUUUGAAACGUGGCAGAACACCCAGUUCACGACAGCGAUUUACUUUUGCUUUAUAUUCACGCGGUGAAUAGUUAUAAAAUAACUAAGAUAGUACGCGCGUUCUGAUUGGUUAAAAACCUAUGGUGUAUUGUGCCGGUAAACUCACAGAAAACUUCAGGUUAAUUUAUAAAAGCAAUAGACCAUUCUUUCUAUGGGUUUACCGCCGUGAUAACCCACUUAGGAUGGUGGGAGAACACUCGGAAAGCUUGUAAAUCACUCGCCUUCGGCUCGUCAUUUACAAGCUUUUCUCGUGUUCUCCCAACAUCCCGCGUGGGUUGUCACGCCGGUAAACCCAUAGAAAGUGUGGUCUAUUGCUUAAUUAAACGUCAUAGUCCGAGAUAGCGAACCAAUCAGAUUGCUUGAAUUACCAAGAUCACUGAGUGUUUAUAUACUAAUAUGUAUUAUUAGUGCCUUAAUUUAACCAGUUUAAUAAGAUAAUUGAUUCAAAAGAACUGUGCUUUGAGAAAAUAUUUUCAAUACGCCGCAUUCGAACGUUUUCUUACAUUCGAUGCAUAAUACGACUCAAUCCAUCGUUUUUUUAUUCCUUGAAUAUUUUACUGAUAAAUGUGCUAUUUAGGUAAGAAUUAUGGUUACCGGUAUUUUAUUUUAAAUAUUUGUACAUAUACCUUAAUAAUAUAUGAAGGGGGAGCCAUUAUAGCAGCUUCGAUAUUUUCUGUGUGUUGUUUAGGUGUGGUCAACAACUCAGCGUGCUGCAGGUAACCCGGAUGAUAACCCAGAAGGCAAACCUCCACAGCUCACUAGCUGGUAUGGGCACCAAGACUCAGUGGUUAGUGUGGAAUAUCUGUCGCGGAGUCAAGGUGCUUUAUUAUUAUCUGCUUCUAAGGACUGCACGGCCAGGCUCUGGACACUGGAUGGCCAGUACAUUGGAAUGUUUGGCCAGGUUAGCUCCUAA